AAACAGCGAACCUCGUGAUUUUAGUCAUUUUUGUGCUGUGCGAUCGAAUGGUUUGAAAGACAAUCGGCUCUCGGUGUAGUUGUUUUUUUUCGUCACUGGUUGCUUUGAUUUGGUAGCAAAAAACAGGAGUGAGUUAUCGCUUGCUAAAGGGGAAGGGCGUAAAUCCUUCGGUGUAAACAUUAACAACAACAACAACAUGGUGGAAACUCCGGUGGUGAAGUCAAGUUCAAUGACGAAGCUAAGUGCAACGACACCCGCGAACACCAGCAGCGGCGGGAUUGAGACGAAUGCGAGUCCAGAUGAUCACUACAAUCCAUCGGUGAGGAUCUUGCACAUCCCAAAGCAACCGGAUGGAUCAUGCGGGUUUCACCUAUCGCGCAGCAAGUGGGAUCCGUAUCCUUGGGUCAGUGGGGUUGACGAAGUAUCGCCGGCUGAGGUGACCGGAUUGAAGGCCGGAGAUUGUGUGCUAGAGGUCAACAACGAGGACGUUCUUGGUAUGCGCAUCGCCGAGGUCGCCGGCAUGGUUCGUUCCAAGUCGGACAUUGUAACUCUCCUUCUGUGGAGUACGGGCAUGGAGCCAACCUGUAACCCGGAGUCACUUUGCUGUGGCCCAAUGCCACUCAAUCUGGAGCGGCUAUCGGCCAGUAUGCAAACCAUCGUGGCUGCUUUGGAGUGCCCGGUGUGCUUUGAUACUAUUCCACCGCCAGUUUUCCAGUGCCAGAAUGGUCACCUGGUUUGCUCUCGAUGUCGGGUGCGAUCGGAGAGAUGCGCCGUCUGUCGGGAAAAGUAUACCUUUGGCAGGUCACUGCUGGCCGAACAGGUAUAUCAGUCGAUUGCCGAGUCGUUCAAUUUGGCGGAAGGAAACGAUGGAAAACUUCGCGAGCGGUUGUUUGGAGCAAAGUGUGCUCGGAAGAAACCUCGCUCUCCCUUCAACAGUGAGGGACACUUACCAGCAGGAAAGCAAAUUCACUCGCAUACGCACAAGUUCCUAGCGAGAAUAAUGGGAAAAUCGUCCUCUGUGGAUAAUUUGAGCAAAAAUCAGCUCUGCGAGCAGGGUGAGGAACUGCAAGGCCUAAAGGUGAAGUCUUUAUCGCUGUCGUCCAGUGAAAUAUUUAGACGCGAUAACACGGUGUCCGUUCCACGAUGCACUUCGUCAAAUCGACUAGCACCGGAACUGGCUGCAUCGUGUAAUAGUUUGUCCACGCGGAGGCAGACCUCAUCGCUUUCCUGUAACGUUUCGGCAGAAAGCUUGGGAAGUAUACCGGAAAACGGGGUUCAAAUCGUAGUUCCUGGCGCCAACUCUCGCCAACAAGGGGUGACCUAUUGUUGUCCUUGUGGCGAGUAUUGUAGUGAUAAGAUAAAUGUUUCCGAGCUGGAGCAGCACGUAACCGAGCAUCACCGGACGCCGAUCAUUUCGUUUGGCACGGCAUCGGCCGAGAUUUCGCUUCCGCCAAGGACACCUGUUGAUAAUGCCUGCCUGGUGUUGAUUCUUCAUGGUCAUAAAUUUUGGCUGAAAUUAAUCUCGAGCCCGAGCUCCGUCGGGGAUAUCUUUAUCUCUGCGCUCCUGCAGGGAGACGAAACCGAGUGCCGGAACUAUGCACUGGAGGUGGUAAUACGGAAAGCCGGUCUGCAUCAGAUACUCGGGAAGGAGUUGAUAUCCCGCUCGGAGGUUCACUCGAUGGAAGGCAAAUCGUGGAAUGAUAUCAGCAAUACCAGGAGUGGUGUUUACUAUACUGGCGAGUGCAUUAAAUCAACAUUCGAACCGGAAACGGAGAUUCUGCUGAAGGCGAGCAUUAAACGAUUGUCUGAUAUACUCUAGGGGCGGCAAACCUGAAUUACGGAAGGCACUUUGAGUGAUGUUUAGAGUGACGAGUGUGUCGUACUUUAAAUUAUUAAUUUUCCCUCGGAUGUGUAGAAAUAAUUAGUACAUAGGAUCUUGGUUAUAAUGUUCUAGCAUUGUACAUUUUGCUUAUAAAGCACCAUUCUGUUUUACGGCAACUGAAAUGUUUUUUUAGAGUAGGUCCACUUUUAUUACAUUUCAAAUACAAUAUUUAUGUUUUUAA